CGAGAAGGAACUAGGAAGUGGGGACAUUGUCAUUGAAAUUGAAUAUUCUACAUAUAAUGUUAGAAUCAUCAUUGAUUUAUUGAUAUGCCGAAGCAAACCGGUAAUCUGUACCUGGUUUUACAUCAAUCUUUUCCAUCUUUUGGGCCAAAUUUGAGUUUUAGUUUUUCAUUCAUGGCAUCCUCUUCUUCAUCAUUUCCAUCAGAAAUUGUGGAAUAUGAUUCUUUGAAUGAGAAUGAACAUUCUUACACAAGGGGGAGAUCAGGUGCUUCUUCAAGAUUGUUUGAUGUGUUCAUCAAUCACAGGGGACCGGACGUCAAACAUACUCUGGCCCUCCAACUUUACAAUUCAAUCAAGAAAACAGGUUUCCGGCCAUUUCUUGACUCUCAAGAGAUUGAAUUGGGAGAUUCAAUUCCCUCUAUUCUAAAAAACGCUAUAUUUUCUGCAUCAAUUCAUAUUGCCAUCUUCUCUCAGGGAUAUGCGAAAUCAGCUUGGUGUUUAGCAGAGCUUGUUCUCAUGCUCCAAUCUGGGGUAAAGAUUAUCCCUGUCUUUUAUGAUGUGGCUCCUUCCGAUCUCCGCUACAUUGGAAAGGGUGUGUAUGCAGAAGCAUUUUCCAAUUAUAAAGAGAAAGGCAGAUACCUCAGCCAAUUGGAGGUGUGGAAACAAGCCCUCCAUUCUGUUUCAUUGAUCUCUGGCUAUGAAUGCAACAGACAUGAUAAUGAUCAUGAUAAACUAUGUGAAAUUAUCGUGUCUGCUGUGCUAAAAGAGGUUGAAAGGAUAACUCCUUUAGAUGUUGCAAAACAUUCGGUAGGAUUGGAUGAACUUGUUGAUGAUUUUGAAAGCAAGUGUAGAUGGCACAUAGAAAAAGAGAAUUUUCAGAUCAUUGGGAUAUUUGGAAUUGGGGGUUCUGGCAAGACCACUUUAGCCAAAGAAUUCUUCAACCGCAAACGUUCAGAGUAUGAUAGAUCAAGCUUUCUGUUUGAUGUGAGAGAAGCGGCUGCAAAAGGUGAAUUGCCCUGUUUGCAAACUAAGCUCCUCAAGGAUCUGUUCAUGGAGGACCAUCCCAAGUUCCAGAGUACAGAUGAAGGAAUAAGUUAUCUCAGGUAUCGUCUGGGAAAGGCACUCCUUUCGUGUUUCCUUAUUGUUGUAGACGAUAUUGAUCACAUAGGUCAGUUAGAUGCUCUACUAGUGACAGAUAGGCAUACCCUGAAUCCUAAUAGUUUAGUAAUUGUUACCACCCGGGAUGAAAGGAUGCUCAUUCAAGCUUCAAUUACUCUUAGAUAUAGGAUGAAAGAAAUGAAUGAUAAGCACAGCAGAGAACUCUUUUGUUGGCAUGCAUUCCAACAACCUUAUCCAUCCAGGGGAUUUGAGGACUUGGUAGAGAGCUUUGUGAAAGGGUGUGGAGGUUUGCCUCUUUCCCUUCAAGUGUUGGGCAGGCAUGUUUCUGGAAGUUAAGAGCAACGCUAUUGGCAGAGAGAAUUAGAUAAAGUUCGUAAUACGCUGCCUGGAGACAUAAAACAAAGGCUUCAAAUAAGCUAUGAUGCUCUAGACAGAGAGGGAAAAGAGAUUUUUAUGGAUAUUGCAUGUUUCUUUAUUGGAAAACUGAAGAGCACUGCAAUAAGGGUAUGGGAGGGUUCAGGAUGGAAAGCAGAUCUUGCUGUUCAGAUUUUAAAGGAUAAGUGUCUUGUUUUUGAGGAUGAUGCUGAAAUGACUUUUUGGGAAGAUAAAUGGUUGAUGAUGAACAAACCUGCUACUGUUCUGAGAAUGCAUGACCAUAUCCGUGAUUUUGGGAGAGAAAUGGCAGAUGAGCAAAGGCGACCUUGUCGCUUCUGGUGCCCCCAAGAUCUUAAAUCUAUGGAAUUAAAAGGAUUCCGAAACAUUCUCUGGGAGAUCAAUCACCAUAGUUUCAGGUGUUUCCAUUCUUUUUUUGAUUCAUCCGUUGGUGGUCGAAUUACAUUCUUUCUAGGGAACUCAGAUUACUGCCCUGAUACAUCAACAGUUUUACUAUCGCUUGAGCUUUACCUGCGUGAACAGCAACUCAUUAGUAUACCUUCAUGGAUUCCUUCGCAAAAUUUGCAGCGCUUAAGAAUUGUCUUUGGAUGUCUCAAAAGGUUGUGGUACGACAGUGCACAGGUUCCUCUUCAGUUGAAAGAGUUGGUGCUUCAACAAAUCUCAUUGGAAGAAGUUUCCAGCUCAUUAGAAAUGUUAAAUGAGUUGCAAUAUCUAGUCAUUAAAGGGAAACUGGACGAGGAAAUCGCAUCCUAGCUACAGGGAGAUCCUUAUCAGAAACCCUCAAGAAACUUACCAAACUCAGAGGAUUAAUUUUAUGCCAAUUCAGAUUAAGUGGCACAGUGUCUUUGAUGGAUGGGGGAGAGUCAACUUCUUCUGAUUUCCAUACACGUAGCCUGCAAACCAUGCAGAUUUGUGACCAGCAACUUGCAUGCCGUGUCUCAAUUAGUGGAGAGCAUUGUCCCAAUCUUGAAUGUCUCCACCUUGAAUUUAUGGAAAAUCUGAUAGAAAUGGAUUUGAGAUAUGUCAAUACACUCCACACUCUUACAUUCAGGUUUUGUGGUGAAUUGAAAAGGGUAUCAAGAAGUUUUGAUGUGUGUGCAAAACCUGCAAAAUUGGACAUACAGGAAUGCCAACAGCUUGGAUUAAUGGCUUAUAGCAGGAAAUCGAAAACACUAUCAGGGAGAUUUGAUGUGAAGAGCUUUGGUCUGGGGAGAUUUGAUGUGGAAGAUCUAAGUGGGCUUGAGAAGACUAUCAUUAAUGGCAGCUGGAAUUUGCAGAACAUAGAAGGUAGUGAGUUCGAAGGAUUGAAAACUUUACAUCUUUCAAGCAUAGGAGGAGGUAUAUCCAAACUUUCAAUUUCUGGAGAGCAUUGCCCCAACCUUGAAUCCGUCCACCUUGAAUCCAUGGAAAAUCUGAUUGAAGUGCAUUUCAAAUGUGUUAACAUGCUUAAUUUUCUUACAUUAUGGUUUUGUAGUGAGUUGAAAAAGAUAUCAAGAAGUUUUGAUAUGGAUGCAAACCCUGCUACAUUGGACAUACAGGAGUGCCAACAACUUGGAUUGAUAGCUUACAGUAGAAAAUUGAAAACACUAUCAGGGAGCUUUGAGAUUGAGAGCUUUGAUCUGGGGAACUUCGAUGUGGAAGAUCUGAGUGGGCUCGAGAGGACUGUCAUCAAUGAAUGCUGGAAUUUGCAGAACACAAAAGGUAUUGAGUUCGAAGGUUUAAAAUCUUUGCAUCUUUCAGGAAGCGACGGAGGUGUGUCCAAACUCUCGAUUUCUGGAGAGCAUAGCCCCAACCUUGAAUUUCUCCACCUUGAGUUUAUGGAAAAUCUAAUUGAAUUGGACCUGACAUGUCUAACAACACUGAAGUCUCUUACAUUUAGAUCCUGUAGACGAUUGAUAAAAAUAUCUGGGAGCUUUGAUAGGGCUACAAAACUUGCAACACUGAAAGUUGAAAACUGCCCCCGACUUAUACUGUUGCCAAAUCUUGCAGGUCUGAGAUGCCUGGAGAGCAUUAUCAUUAGUGGAUGUUUGAAUCUAUGGAAUAUAGAUGGUAUUGAGAAGUUAGAAGGAUUGAAGUAUUUGCAUCUUUCAGGCGGAGAAGAAGGUGCAUCCAAAAUCUCAAUUUAUGGAAAGCAUUGGCCCAGCCUUGAAUCUCUUCACCUUGAAUCCAUGGAAAAUCUAACUGAAUUGGAUUUGGAAUGGACAAUGGCACUUAAAUCCCUUACAUUAAAGUUUUGUACAAGACUCAAAAUAAUUGCAGCGAGCUCUAAUAUGGCCUCCAAGCUUGCAAUAUUGGAUAUAAGACACUGCCCUGAGCUUGAAGUGUUGCAAGAUCUGGCUAGUCUGAGCUGCCUAGAGAGGUUUAUCCUUCAUCAUUGUUGGAAGCUGCACAGUUUACGAGGCAUUGAAAACUUGACAGGAUUGAAGUACUUGAAUCUUUCAGGAGGCCAGAAAAUUAUACAAGACAACAUUCCCAGGUUGAAGAGAUUUCCAUUAGAGGUUACAGUUGUAAUUGGGGAAGCAAUUGAAGAUGUGAAUAAAAUUGCUCAAUGGUCAUUUUUAAUGUCAGUAUUGGUGCCUGCUGCUGGUGGCCCGCAUGCGAUUUGUGGAAUCCGUGAGUAUUUCAAUGACCUUAACCCGUUUUUUAUUUCCAACUUCCGAAAGCAAUCCACUUUUAGUGCAAUCAUAGUUUGUGCUCUGUUCGAAACUUCCGGUGCCCCAGAAACAUUGGGGAUUCUCCUUCCUCCUGACGACUUGAUAGAGACCCAAGUGGUACCUGGAGCAUGGAUGGUCACCAUUUUUAUUGCUGGUCAAGAACAAGUAAAUCGUGCACAGCAAGAUAUCCAACAGUGGAUUCCCAAGGCUCCGUUAGAUGCAUUAAAGAAUGGGUUUAUAGUAACCGUAAACAGGGGCCAAGAAUGGAAAGCCCAGGCUAUGCUCAAAUUAAUCUUUGGCAGGAUGUAGAAGAGAAAAUGACCGUGCACGGGGUGGUUUACGAGUUUCAGUUGUGGCUCUUUAGAAGGCAUUCCUUGUAAAGUAGAUGAACAUUACUGAAUCCUUAAUUCGAUGAGCACUCUUAAUACAUGCCUGUAGAUGAACAUUACUGUAUCCUUAAUUUGAUGAGCACUCUAAAUACAUGCCUGUAGAUUUCAUGUUAUAGUAGAGAUGUCUCAUUUCUUCCAAAUAAUCUAUGUGCCUAGUUGAUCAUGCAGACAUGUAUGUUGUUUUGAUUGACUCUUAAAUUCUGUUGGGGUAUAAUAUAAA